UUAUGCUUAUAUAUUUGUUUUGGCAACAGGACAAGAAAAAAUUGCUGGACAAUUUGUUCGAGCUUUUGAAACAACUGGAAUAGAACCACCCGAAGAUUUGAAGAAAUUAUGGGAAGAAUAUAAGACAAAAAUGGCUAAAGAAGGAAACGAAAUACUUAUGGGUAGUGGAGGAUAUCCUGGUUCAGGUUUUCGUUAUGCUGAAAUUGAGGAUGAAAGUGAAAUGAAUAAAAGAAAAUUAACUAAAUUAAUCUAUGGAAUAGAAAGUGGAAUGGACGAUGGAUCUGAAAAUAUUGAUGAUCAAUAG